GCUUUGUAUUAACUUAACCUCAAACGCGUGUGUGCGUAAUAAUCAAGUCAAAAUAAACUUUUAGCGAACAAAGUCGAGAUAAUUCGAAUAAAGUGUGAGAGCGUACCAAGGUUUUAGAAUAUGGAUGGUGAUUUGUAUGACGAAUUUGGAAAUUAUAUUGGCCCCGAAUUGGACAGCGACGAUGACGAAGAAGAAGAACAAGAUCGUCAAGAUGACGAUGAGCAGCAGGAAUAUGAUGAUGAACAAAUGGAAGAUGAGCCUCAACCGAUGGCUAUAGUGCUGCACGAAGACAAACAGUAUUAUCCAUCAGCAUUGCAAGUGUACGGACCGGAUGUCGAAACCAUUGUGCAAGAGGAAGACACCCAAGCAUUAGAUGUUCCAUUGGUAGAGCCUGUCAAAAAGAAAAAGUUCCAACUCAAAGAACAAGAUUUGCCAGAAACACUCUACAGCAUGGAAUUUUUGGCAGACAUGAUGGAUAACACUUCCCUCAUCAGAAACGUGGCCCUCGUUGGGCAUUUGCAUCAUGGCAAGACUACUUUUGUUGAUUGUCUGAUCCGUCAAACCCAUCCAGGUUAUCAAGAUAAUGAGGAGAAGAAUUUACGGUAUACUGACAUUCUGUUUACUGAGCAGGAGAGAGGUUGUUCAAUAAAGUCCAUUCCGGUUACUCUUCUCCUUCAGGACAUUAAAAACAAAAGUUAUCUAUUAAAUAUUUUUGACACACCUGGUCACGUGAAUUUUUCCGACGAGGUUACUGCCGCGAUGCGCCUGUGCGACGGCGUUGUUCUCUUUGUGGAUGCAGCCGAGGGUGUGAUGUUAAACACGGAACGACUGCUCAAACACGCUGUGCAGGAACAGAUGCAAAUCACAGUUUGCAUAAAUAAAAUUGACCGACUUAUUAUGGAGCUCAAAUUGCCACCUCAAGAUGCUUAUUAUAAACUCAGACAUAUUGUGGAAGAAAUAAACGGCCUUCUCACGUUGUAUUCGGACGACGCUAAUCCACACAUAGUUUCCCCAGUGCUUGGCAAUGUGUGUUUUGCCAGUUCUCAAUACGGCGUUUGCUUCACUUUAAAGUCCUUUGCAAACAUUUACCAUCAGUAUUAUGGGGAAGUUAAUAUUGAUGAAUUUUCUAAGAGGCUGUGGGGGGACAUAUACUUUAACAGUAAAAAUCGCAAAUUUACAAAGAAGGCGCCCCACAAUUCAGCUCAGCGGAGUUUCGUUGAGUUUAUUCUAGAACCAUUGUAUAAGAUAUUCGCUCAAGUCGUCGGAGACGUGGACACCACGCUUCCCGACGUCCUAGAGGAGUUAGGAAUUAAACUGACCAAAAACGAACGCAAACUGAAUAUUAGACCUCUACUGCGGCUCGUUUGCAACAAGUUCCUCGGCGAUUUUAACGGUUUCGUCAAUAUGUGCGUUGAACACAUACAUUCUCCUUUGGACAAUGCCAAGAAGAAAAUAGAUCACAUUUAUACUGGCCCCAAUAUUAGCAAAGUGUACGAUGAUAUGGUUAAUUGCGAUCAGGAGGGAUAUUUAAUGGUGCACAGCACGAAAAUGUACCCGACGGAGGACUGCACCUUUUUCCAAGUCCUGGCGAGAGUAAUGAGCGGUACGUUGCACGCGGGCACCGACGUCCGAAUCCUGGGAGAAAACUAUACCCUCCAGGAUGAAGAGGACUCCAGAGUACUCACUGUGGGACGUCUUUGGAUUUACGAAUCAAGGUACAAAGUGGAAUUGAAUAGAGUGCCCGCCGGUAAUUGGGUGCUGAUCGAGGGUAUCGAUCAGUCUAUCGUGAAAACGGCAACGAUCACCGACCUCACGAUUCACGACGAACUCUACAUAUUCAGGCCGUUGAAGUUUAACACGCAGAGCGUGAUAAAAAUCGCGGUCGAGCCGGUCAAUCCUUCGGAACUGCCGAAAAUGCUCGACGGGCUCAGGAAAGUAAACAAAUCGUAUCCCCUGCUGACCACGAGGGUCGAGGAGAGUGGCGAACACGUCAUUUUGGGAACGGGCGAGCUUUACUUGGACUGCGUCAUGCACGACCUCAGGAAAAUGUACUCGGAGAUAGAUAUCAAGGUCGCCGAUCCGGUAGUGGCGUUUUGCGAAACGGUGGUCGAAACGUCCAGCUUGAAGUGUUUCGCCGAAACGCCCAACAAGAAGAACAAACUGACGAUGAUCGCGGAACCGCUGGAGAAGGGCCUCGCCGAGGACAUCGAAAACGAACACGUGCAGAUUGGUUGGAAUAAGAAGAAACUUGGCGAAUUUUUCCAGAACAAGUACGAUUGGGACUUGCUCGCCGCGCGGAGUAUCUGGGCGUUUGGCCCCGAUAACACAGGGCCUAACAUAUUGGUGGACGACACCCUGCCCUCUGAAGUGGACAAAGGUUUGCUCAGCUCAGUUAAGGACUCCAUAGUGCAGGGUUUCCAAUGGGGCACGCGGGAGGGCCCGUUGUGCGAGGAACCCAUCCGUAAUGUCAAGUUUAAAAUCUUGGACGCGGUCAUCGCUCAAGAGCCCCUGCACAGAGGAGGAGGUCAAAUCAUUCCGACCGCGCGCAGAGUGGUGUACUCUGCGUUCCUGAUGGCCACGCCUCGUCUAAUGGAACCAUAUUUGUUCGUCGAGGUUCAAGCGCCGGCCGAUUGCGUGUCUGCCGUCUACACGGUGUUGGCUAAACGGAGAGGUCACGUGACACAAGACGCGCCCGUGCCCGGCUCUCCUCUAUACACGAUAAAAGCUUUUAUACCCGCCAUUGACAGUUUUGGCUUUGAGACCGAUUUGAGAACUCAUACGCAAGGCCAGGCGUUUUGCCUGUCUGUGUUUCAUCAUUGGCAGAUAGUGCCGGGCGACCCGUUGGAUAAAUCGAUCGUCAUAAGGCCGUUAGAACCGCAACCAGCUACGCAUCUGGCCAGAGAAUUCAUGAUCAAGACCAGGCGGCGCAAAGGUCUCAGUCAGGACGUCUCCAUCAACAAGUUCUUCGACGAUCCUAUGUUGCUAGAAUUGGCCAGGCAGGAUGUUAUGCUGAACUAUCCACUUAUCUAAAUGUAAUUUUGGGAAAAUAAAUUUAAAAAUUUUCUUGGUUUUCUUUUUUCUCUUUACUACUAAUUGGCGUGUCUACUAAAGGUCAUUCAACCAGAUAACAGAUAUUAAAACUACUACUGAGA